AUGUCGCAAUCUCAGUUCGCCGAUCCGUUGGCGACGACGGGGUACGACGUCGACCCGUGGAGCGGCACGCAAUCGCCUUCGCGUGUGUCUACUCCGUCCCUCCCCGUCGCCCCCGUCGCGAGCACGAGUACCGGGGUCGCGUCUUCUCAUCCGGCAUUGGAUGUCUUUCUUGACGACCCGCCCACCGCAUACCUCGCACUCUGGCGGCAGCUUGACCCUGGACUGAGCGGCGAAAUCUCCCUGUCGACUCUUCAGAAGUUGCUUGCAACAGCGCGAUUGAGUGGUCCUGUUGUCGAAAAGAUCGUCGCGCUGGGUGCUCCCGGUUCGGCUCUGGACCGCACCGACUUCUUCCGCGUGCUCGCCUUAGUUGCACUCGCCCAGUCACAGCCGGAAACGGAGGUAUCAUUGUCCGAACUGGAGAAGGCUCUACCAGAUCUUCCGCUUCCUCGUCUUGAAAGCCCUCGCCAGACACUCCCCAAGCCCGACUCUAGCUGGAGCGGAACUGGCGCCGAUGGUCGCAACGGCAACAGCAAUGGCAGCAGCUGGAACCCCGAGGCGGAGGCCGAGCAGGGGUUCUACAACCGCAUGGAAACUGUCGACGUCUCACUCAUCCCCGAGAGGGAAGGCUGGUUCCUGCAAAAGUAUCGCGUGGAGUCGAACAAGCGAGGCGACGUCUUGACCCGCCGCUACUCAGACUUUGUCUGGCUUUACACCACGCUGUUGAAGCGUUACCCCUUCCGUCUUCUUCCCGCACUUCCCCCGAAACGCAUAAACCUAGCCGAUGCGAUCUUCCUCGAGCAGCGAAGAAAGGGUUUGCAGCGCUUCCUGAACGCUGUGGUUAACCACCCUGUGAUCCGAGACGAUGGCGCGCUGAACGUCUUCAUGUCCGAGCCCAACUUUGAGGCGUGGCGGAAACGCAUGAAGGUGUCUACGGAGGAAGAGUCGGCUAGCAAGCGGCUCAACCCUGCGCAGGAGAUGGCGAUCCCGAGUGACCUGGAGGAGAAGUUGGAGACUCGCCUGCCCUCCCUGAUAUCGUCGUACCAGAAGAUGGUGACUUUGGCGGAACGCGAGCUGAUCCGCGAAAGCCAGGCUGCUUCUGACGCAACGCGCAUGUCACUUUCGGUGCAAGCCGUCUCAGAAGAGGUGCCCGUGACCUGUCACCGCUGCGUGCCUGGGGGCAAGUGCUGCGACCUGUGCCAGGGCAUCAGCAGGGGGCUUGCGUCGGUGUCGACGAGCUGGUCGCGCCUCGCGGCGCAGCGCGAGAACCAUCUGUCUCCGCUCGCCAAGUCGGUCGAGGACCUCAAGCGCCAGCGCGACCUGUACCUCAGCUUCCGCGACCUCUUCUACCGCCACGACCGGCUAUCGGGCGACAACGUCGAUGCCCGGGCGGCAGGCCAAGAUCUCCCAGCUCCGCAGUGCGCAGAAGCCGGGCUACGAGCAGGAGGUCGACAAGCUCAUCACUGCAUGAGCGACCGCGUGCACGUUCCAGACGACUUGAAGGGAAAUGCGGGCUUUAUAACUCGCCUGACCCGUUGCUGCGCCGCUGAUGACAGAAUCCGUCUCGAGGACGAGCUUGGUAACCCCGUCACGGACAUCUACAGGACGUUGCGCGAUGUUGAGGUCGUUGUCUUCUACGCCGGAAGCGCGCAGGGAGCUCCCACGAUCCUUCCUCCCAUCCUGCUGGCGGGGCACAGAGCGAUGAAUGUUACACAGGGAAGGCGAGGAAGCGGAGAACCCGCGGUCGAGCAAGCUAACACUCAGUCCGUCGCCAUCGUCUAUGUGUCCACAGACACGAGCCUGCCGCUCUACUCGGCCGCGACCGCGAACCAGCCCUGGCUCAAGAUGAUCUACAAGGACGGAUCCGACUUUGCCGCCGUCGGCGAGGAGAUGACGGAGGAGACGUCUCGCGAUGAGGAUUUUGUCCAGGCUGCGGAGAUUGAGACUGGCGCCGAAGAGGUUCCGUAUGGCGAGAAGGAGGAUAUUGCGAUCUACGAGCGUCCGCUGUCGCGCGCCGCGAUGGCGAUGAGCAUGCGAGCAUACCGGACGCCGAGCAUUGCAAUCUACAGCCACGUCCCCUCUCACGCCUGGAUCGAUCGCAACGUCCGCCCGUCUCUGUUCGAGGAGCAGCGCGUCAACGAGUCGCUGGCCAAGUGGCGCGCGGGCGAGACCGUAACCCCGGGAGUGGGCGACAUUGUGACCGCGCUCAAGUUCCCGCUCAUCUUCCUCGUGCUUGCGAUCAUCUACCACUUUGUCGUGUGGUGGGCUGGAGAAGAGUACAACCUGAUCCCGUACUGGCUCGACCAGAUGAGCUGGGUCGCGCGCCAGGCCGUCGGCGUCGUCCGCGCCGACUAG